AUGUAUUUCUCAACAUCUCUCAUCACUCUCGCUGCCGUGGUCGCCACUGCCACCGCACAACAAGGAACCACGAUCCAAGUCACAGUCGGAAAAGGCGGACUUGUCUACUCGCCCAACAACAUCAAAGCCGAAGUUGGCACUAAUAUCGAGUUCUCUUUCUUCCCAAAGAACCACACCGUAACACAAAGCUCCUUCAACGACCCUUGCCACCCCCUCGAGAAUGGCUUCUUCUCCUCCUUCGUACCAACAGCCAACUCCCCCUCCGGUAGCACAUUCACCAUCACCGUCAAAGAUACCAAGCCCAUCUGGCUGUAUUGUGGUCAAGGCAACCAUUGCCAAACCGGCAUGGUCGCCGCAAUCAAUGCUCCCGACACAGGCAACACAUUCGAAGCUUUCGCACUCCUCGCCAAGAGUGCUUCUGCUUCGACAUCUCCACCUGGCGGAGCAGUCGGUGGUAUCUUGAAGCUUGCUGAUGGUACCGGGUCAUCAUCAUCGUCGUCGGUGUCAUCCUCGCCAUCGUCAUCAUCUGCUUCCGGUGCAGGUGCUGCAAGUGGAUUCAGCACCAUUUCUACCACGAAGACUGUCCAGACUACGGUCACAGCUACCGUCACUGCAGUCGUGACACAGGAUCAGAGCACUUACACCACGACAUACCCAAGUACUUACGGUACUACCUACACCACUGCUCUCGCUCAGUCGACCGUUGCGAUUGAUGUUGUCCCAAGUAGUACUUCCGCAUCGGCUAGCCCAAGCUCAACUGGUAACUCUGCUGCUGGACUCGCCGUCAAUGGUGCGAUGGCAGGUGCUGUUUUGCUUGCCGGCUUGGCUAUGUUGUGA